CUGCAGAAAAAUGGCAGUCGACUACUUUUUGCAUGAGAAGAUCUGGUUUGAGAAAUACAAGUAUGACGAUGCUGAGAGAAGAUACUACGAGCAGAUGAAUGGGCCAGUUAGCAGCUCUUCACACCAGCAGGAGAACGGAGCCAGCACGAUCCUACGCGACAUUGCCAGAGCCAGGGAGAAUAUCCAGAAAUCGCUGGCCGGAAGUGCAAGCACAACCUCUUCUGCGCCUGCUGGUGACCAAAAUGAACUCCUUUCCAGAAUUUCUCACCUGGAGGUAGAAAAUCAAAACCUUCACAGUGUUGUUGCAGACCUUCAGAUGGCCAUCUUCAAGUUGGAAAGCCGCCUGAAUGCUCUGGAAAAGUCAUCUACCUCCCACCAGCCCUCACCGGUUCCUCCAACCCAGAAAGUGGAACCAUUCAGUGUUCCCUCCAAGAAAGUGGAGCUCCCAUCUGCUUCACCGGCAAAGAAAGCCGAACCAGCUGCUGCAGAGGAAGAUGACGAUGAUGACAUUGACCUUUUUGGUAGUGAUGAUGAAGAGGAAGACCAAGAGGCUGCCAAAGUCCGGGAGGAGAGACUGCGUCAGUACGCAGAGAAGAAGGCCAAGAAACCGGGUCUUAUUGCCAAGUCUUCUAUCCUUUUGGAUGUGAAGCCAUGGGAUGAUGAGACUGACAUGGCGAAGAUGGAGGAGUGUGUCCGGUCCAUUCACAUGGAUGGGUUGGUGUGGGGAGCCUCCAAGCUGGUCCCAGUAGGCUAUGGCAUUAAGAAACUCCAAAUCCAGUGCGUAGUGGAGGAUGACAAAGUUGGGACAGACAUCCUGGAGGAGGAGAUCACCAAGUUCGAAGACUACGUGCAGAGCGUUGACAUUGCUGCUUUCAACAAGAUCUAGGAGCAAAACUGUAUCCCCUCUGAAACUUGUAACUAAUAAAGAUCCAAGAUUGGGAGCGCAGG